UUCUCCUAAUAUGACCGGUAUGCCGAGAUACCGGUCAUCCACUCCUUACCCUCCAAAUCCAAGCCUUGUUCAACGUAUGCUAAAUGAUACAUGCUUCAAAUGUAAACAACAAGGUCACUGGUCUAUGUAUUGUCCUAACAACAACAAUAACCAUUCACCGGUUUUGUCUUCCAACAAGCAAAUACACUGUCGUUGCGGUCACGGUUUCUGUGAUGUUAAAAUCUCUAAUAGUGAAAGAAACAAAGGGAGGUUGUACUUUGCAUGUCCUAUCAAAAGGGGUGCACCUUGUAGUACUUUUGUGAAGUGGUGUGAUGAUGAGAGGGAUUUGGAGCCUUCUUUGGUUAAGUAUCCUAAGUGUAAAUGUGUCAUCAUACCGGUCAUAUUAGGAGAAACUAUCCGAGUAUAA